UCUACCGACAAUGGCAUGUCUUAAUAUUUUAGACUUCAAAGAUUGUAUUUAUGGACAUGUUUAAUCAGUUGUCUGAUCUCCUUUCUAAUUAUGGCGUACUUCUCAUCUUCAAGAUGUGAAAUCGCUUGUAUCUUUCUCUUUGUUUUUCCUUCCUUAUUCCUCUUGCCCAUAUCUGAAUCAUUAGAUUUCGAGAUCACAAGUUUUGUUUCUCAUGAAAAAAUUAUAGCAUAUUCAGGUGACGCGGUACCUUCUUCUGGUGCCAUAGAGCUCAACCGUGUCGAUAUCGUGCGUGUUGGCCAUGCUAAAUACGCGGAUGGUGUCCAGAUAUGGGACAGAAAAUCUGGAAAGCUCUCGGAUUUCACCACUCACUUCACAUUUGUUAUAGAUACACUAAAUCGAUCUACCUAUGGCGAUGCGUUCGCUUUCUUUCUUGCACCAGUCGGCUUCCAAAUCCCACCCAACUCAGUUGGUCAAUAUAUAGGCUUGUUCAACUCAACUAAUUAUAACUCGCCUCAAAACCAAAUGAUUGUUGUUGAGUUUGAUACUGUUGCAAAUACAUGGAUUGAUCCUCCAUAUGGUCAUGUGGGUAUCAACAUUAACUCGCUUGGUUCGGCUAAUUUCACUGCUUGGAAUGCUAGCUUUCAUAGCGGAGAGUCUGCGGAUGCUUGGGUGUCUUACAAUGCUACAACACAGAUGUUAAGCCUGUCUUUGCGCUACGGGGCUGAAAAUGCGUCUCCAAAUGAUAAUACUGUUCUUUCAUAUAAAGUUGAUCUAAGUGAGGUUCUUCCUGAGUGGGUAACAAUUGGAUUUUCGGGUACCACGGGUCUUUUUAUGGAGAAACAUACUCUUAGAUACUGGAAGUUCAGUUCAAGCUUGAAGACAGCACAGAAAAGGGACGAGGACAUAAAUAGAUUGAAACUAGCAUCCUUAAUCGGUCCUCUUUGUGUUCUUGUUGUUGGAGGCAUGGUAGUAUAUGCUAUAUUCUGGAGGAGACAAAGAAAACCUACGCAAGAAUCAGAAGACAGAGUUUCCUUGACAUCAAUAAAUGAUGAUCUUGAUAGAGAAAUAGGACCCAAAAGAUUUCCUCUCAGAGAUCUCGCAUUGGCUACCAACAACUUCUCUGAUGAGCAAAAGUUAGGCGAGGGGGGAUUCGGGUGUGUCUAUAAGGGCUACUUAUCCUGUGAAGGUAUCAUGGUAGCUGUCAAGAAAAUUUCACAGAGUUCUAAACAAGGAAAGAAAGAGUACAUGACAGAAGUGAAGAUCAUCAGCAGUUUAAGGCACCGAAACUUGGUGCAACUCAUAGGUUGGUACCAUGAUGAGACACAAUUCUUGCUAGUGUACGAAUUUAUGCCAAACUGCAGCCUUGCUUCUCAUCUGUUCUACAAAAAAAGUGUCCUUAAUUGGGAUGUGAGGUACACCAUUGCUACAGGUUUAGCCUCUGCAUUGCUAUAUCUCCAUGAAGAGUGUGAACAAUGUGUGGUGCAUCGUGAUAUCAAAGCAAGCAACAUCAUGCUUGAUUCAGGAUUUAACGCAAAGCUUGGAGACUUUGGAUUGGCUCGACUCAUGGACAAUGAACUAGGUCUGAAAACAACUGGCUUAGCCGGAACUCUAGGCUAUAUGGCUCCUGAGUAUGCAACAACCGGCAAAGCCAGCAAAGAGUCGGAUGUUUAUAGCUUCGGGGUGGUUGCAUUAGAGAUAGCUUGUGGGAAAAAGGCAACAGAUAAAGUUGACCCAGACUCUGAUCUUGGGUUGGUUGAGUGGGUAUGGGGUUUACUUGGAAAAACCGAGCUGCUUUCUGGUGUGGAUCAGCUGCUGAACAAGGAAUUUGACGCAAAAGAAGUUGAGCGCUUGAUGAUGGUUGGGUUAUGGUGUUCACACCCUGAUCGAAAUCUAAGGCCGUCUAUCCACGAAGUAAUUCAGGUGCUCAAGUUCCAAGGUGCACUCCCAAAUCUUCCGUUGAAGAUGCCGGUGCCCAUCUAUUACGCUCCACCAGAUGGCUCGGAAGUCAGUUUUUCUAGCGCUACAAUGACCAAUAGUAGCAUGGAUAUGGUACGUUGAAUUUUCAAAAUUGUUGAGAACGGAAAAUUGAAUAUUCUUUGAGUUAGUUGCUUAUUAUGUUUUGUGCAUUGUGUUAAAGAUUGAUUGAAUUGUGGCCACUUGUGUACGGAGUAUAUAAUGUAAACAGUUGAGGGAAGUUAGUUAAUUAAUUGAUUGAUUUGUUGAAAUAUGUUGUAUAAACUAGUACUUGU